GGAAGCGGAUCUCCGAGCAGGAGCGGCGGCACCCCCACCCGCAGGGAAAGUCGUGGGAGCGGCGGCAGCAGCAGCAGCAGCGCCAUGGUGGAUUACAGCGUCUGGGAUCACAUCGAGGUGUCCGACGAUGAAGACGAGACUCACCCCAAUAUCGACACCCCCAGUCUUUUCCGAUGGCGGCACCAAGCCCGAGUUGAACGGAUGGAACAGUUCCACAAGGAGAAAGAGGAAAUAGACAAAGGAUCCCGGGAUUGCAAACGCAAGUUAUCUGAGUGCCAGAAGAAGAUAAAAGAACUUGAGUUGGGCAACGUAGAGAGCAGCAAAAAUGAGCUGCAGAGGUUACAGGCUGAGGCACAGCAAUUCAAGAAAGAAGAAAAGAGCUGGGACAAUAAGAUGGAAGAACUCAGGAAGAAGGAAAAGAAUAUGCCCUGGAAUGUUGACACUCUUAGCAAAGAUGGCUUCAGUAAGAGUGUCUUUAAUGUCAAAACUGAACAAGAUGAGGAAUCUGAAGAACAAAAAGAGAAGAAGCACAAAACAUUUGUGGAAAAAUAUGAGAAACAAAUCAAGCACUUCGGAAUGUUGCGGCAUUGGGAUGAUAGUCAGAAAUACCUAUCUGAUAAUCCACAUCUUGUUUGUGAAGAGACAGCCAAUUAUUUAGUCAUCUGGUGCAUUGAUCUGGAAGUAGAAGAGAAACAUGCCCUGAUGCAACAGGUAGCCCAUCAGACCAUAGUGAUGCAGUUCAUUCUAGAGCUGGCUAAGAGCCUGAAGGUUGACCCUAGAGCUUGUUUCAGACAAUUUUUUGCUAAAAUCAAGACAGCUGACCAGCAGUAUAUGGAAGGUUUUAAUGAUGAACUGGAAUCCUUCAAGGUUCGAGUGCAGGAGCGGGCUAAGACUCGCAUUGAAAGAGCUAUGAAAGAAUAUGAAGAAGAAGAGCGGCAGAAACGGCUGGGGCCAGGGGGCCUUGAUCCAGUAGAUGUGUACGAAUCUCUCCCACAAGAACUUCAGAAAUGCUUUGAUGUGAAAGAUGUGCAGAUGCUUCAGGAUUCUAUCAGCAAAAUGGAUCCUACUGAAGCAAAAUACCAUAUGCAGCGGUGUAUUGAUUCUGGCCUGUGGGUACCAAAUGCACAAUCAGCAGAAGGAGCGGUAAAGGGUGACAAGUUUGAAGGUGUCUAUGAGGAAGUUAAGAAGGAGAGCUCUGAGGAAGAAAAAGGAAAUCCCUGAAGCCUUGGCCGUAUGUCUGUAAAGCAGAUUGUUGCCCCAUUAUCUUCUGCCCAUCCUUUCACAUCAACCUGUUCAACGAUGAUGUGUUCUACAUAUUUAGACACUGAAAUUGUAUGAGCUGCUUCUUGACUGGCUCGCUUGCUCAUCCUGUGAACACAGUUCCCAACUUGUACAGCUUUGUUAUCUUAUUGGAAGCCAAGAUUUGAAGGGAGUCCACGCACCAUCAUGCAGGCUCAGAGUGGCUUGGCAUAGCAGUUCCAGCUUCUGUCUUGCUGUGAUGACACAAGUCAGCGUCCUAGUUACAAGUGUGCUAUUCAUAUCUAUCUUUUUGUUUGACAACCAGUGAAAGCUACCGAGCAAAUAAAAAGGUUGAAAUAGCUGAGAUUGA